AUGGGUUUAGAUAUGAAGGUUUAUGGUUGGAUUGCAAUGACCAUUUUGGUCAUUUCUCUUUGUUUAGAAGAAACAAAUGGAGGGAGUUGCAAUUUAUAUGAAGGAAGUUGGGUUUAUGAUGAAUCUUACCCUAUUUAUGAUUCUUCAAAAUGUCCUAAAGUUCAUUUGGAACUUGAUUGCUUGCAAUAUGGUAGAACUGAUAAAGAAUAUCUCAAAUAUAGAUGGCAACCAAGCAAUAAUUGUAACAUACCAAGAUUUGAUGGAAAAAAUUUCUUGACAAAAUUCAAGGGAAAACAAAUAAUGUUUAUAGGAGAUUCAAUAAGUCGCAACCAAUGGCAAUCAUUGUUAUGUAUGCUUCAUUCUUCUAUACCUAAUCUUAAUGUAACACAAAAGGGUGGUAAACCUAUCAAUAGCCACACAUUCUUGGACUAUGGUGUUACAGUUAGUAUUUACCGUAAUACAUAUUUGGUUGACAUUGUAGAGGAAAAAAAUGGAAGAAUAUUGAAACUUGAUUCCAUCAAAGUUGGUGGAGAUAUAUGGAAACAAAUGGAUGUUUUGGUUUUUAACACUUGGCUUUGGUGGUACCGCAAUGAUGCCGGUAAAGGAUGGGAUUAUAUUCAAAUAGGUAACAAAGUAGUAAAAAACAUGGAUAGAAUGGAAGCUUUUAAAACCGCUUUAACAACUUGGGCUAAGUGGGUUGAUGCAGAAGUUGAUACAACAAAAACCAAAGUUAUUUAUCAAGGAAUUCCUCCUAAACACUACAAUGGUGCAAUAUGGAAACAACCAGGAACAAAUUGUGGAAAUGAGACAACACCAAUAAAAGGAUCAUCAACCUCAGUUAUUAUGCCACCAGCAUCAAAUGUAGUGCAAAGUGUGUUGCAAAAAAUAAAAAAUCCUGUUCAUCUUCUCGACAUUACAGCUCUCUCAGAAUUGAGAAAAGAUGGACAUCCCGGUAUUCAUAAUGUCCGCCAUAGCUUGGAUUGUGUUCAUUGGUGUUUAGCAGGAGUACCAGAUACUUGGAAUCAGCUGUUGUAUGCAUCAGUUAUGAAUUAG